AUGUCGACAAGGACUGUAGCGGUGGUGAGCUACGGUAGCAGCGGCAGUGGCGGCUACGGGUGCGGACUCGAGCUAGAAAGCGAGGGGAAGGAAGAGGAGCUCACAGUGGAGGCGCACGAAGGCCCGGCGAACGACGGGAGCAGCAGACAUGAUCUGAAAGAAGAGGCGCCGCCGCCACAACAAACCCCAUCGCCAACGAUCCUCUGCCGACGCCGUGCACCACGACUUCCAGGACACGAGUGCAGGUACCAUGACAUCCUCGCCUCUCGUGCUUCUCCCAACUGCCGCUACCAGACCGAAUACAAGGUUAGAGAUUAUGAAUUCUUAAGCGGACCAGAUGUCAAGGAACCUGUUAGAGAUUAUGUAUUCUUGAGCGGACCAGAUGUCAACGGACGAGUUAGAGAUUACGAAGUGCUGGAUGAUAUCAUCCGUGAAGAAUUCUCGAGAGCAUAUAAAGUGCUCAAGUCUCGCACACCUCAAAUUGACACCGAGACUCAAUUGGAUGAAGAGGAGGUUGACAGGCUCCGUGGAAAUCAUGCACGUUAUCGCAUCAAAGCUUGCCUGUUACUGGAAGGAAAGCGCAUAUACCCCCCGGAGCUUAUCUUGGAGAAUUCUUACCUCUGUCGUUACAUCAAAGAUGAACCGUUGGACUGGUAUUUCGACCCGGACCUCUGUUUACUUGCGUCAUUGAGUGACUAUCAGCGGCUGGUCCUUCGUAAUGAAGUAAGCAUGUGUAUCAAUUACUUUCAGCUUAGUAAUGCAGCUGGUAACCAGUUCCUCCUUCUCUUUAGAUUUGAAUGGGUGGCAGCAAUUUUUUGUUUCAUGGGAAUAUGGAUGCAUUUCCUAUUCUUUUCAGCACGACUUUAUGCGAGUAACCUCCAAGUUCUAGGGCCAGAGCUUCUUGGUGAAAUGCUAAAAUGAUUGUCAAAUCCUGCGAAGAUUAAGCACAGUUUAAAAAUGUGUGCUUGCAACCAAUUGUGAAAAUCUCAUAAUGUGCUCCGUAGAAGAAAAGGACAUUUCAAUUAAAAUGAAAUAGAGAUUGUUUCAUAUAGUGAUUUACUGAUGCAUUUUCUUGCAAGCAGCAAGUUUCUUUCAAACCAAAAUAAAACAAAUGGUCCACAUACGGGCUGCUCCGAAAAUACGCGUACUAUCUCUUUUUAUGUAUGUGUAAACAGGUUUCUGCCGGAUUUCCCUAGUACCCAUAUACUUUGACAUAUUCCUGUCACUGAAGAAGAUGGCGCGCUAUGGCGCUGCUAAUAGCACACUGUAGCGUGCUGAGAACUGCCUCGCUAAAUAAAUCAGCGUAUGAUAUCUCAAUAAUACUUCCUCUGUAAACAAAUAUAAUACUUUUCUAUAUCACAAAUAUAGCACGGUACUAGCAUAUUUUAAGGUCAGCACUAUUUUGUUAUAGCACGACUAUCUGUUCCUUGGUUCCAGUACCACGUGUAUUUCUUUUUGGGAUUUCUUAAAGUGCGCAAGUACUCGAAUCAAUAAUAGCUGCACAAACAUAUUCCUUAAGAGUAUUAUUCCACGCCCUAAUGUCCACUGCAUAAAGAUACCGCCUCGUUAUAGCAAGCGGAUUGAGCGAGGUGCCUAUAAAUUGUACUUGCCGCUGUAUAAUUGUCCGAUAAAGUUUCCAAAACGCUGGCUAUAGUGCAGCUAUAGCUUAUUUUGACAGCCGCCACUAUUUGGCAUAGCCUGCUAUUUGAAACUAUGACCGCAUGUCAUUCUCAGAAUAGCCGUUAUAUGUUGCUUCUCUUCUUUCAUCGUGCAUGGUGGCCACGAGUAUGUAAGUUGGAGUGAAUACCGAGAGUUCUACCUCACCCCAGAAGCUGACAAAGAUUAUUUGCAGUACAGGGAAUCAAUUGUGUGGAAUCUUAAGGUUUGCGUGGUGCAACGAUAAGCUGCUCCAAGUUUAAAACACUGCUCAGUUUUAUUUUUAUUUUAUUCAGAACUAACAACCAUUUGGUCUCUUGACAGUGGUUUGAAGAUGAUGUGCUCAAAGGCUAUA